UUAUUUAAUGGAUCUCGUCCUAAUUUUAUUCGUACAUCUGAAGGUCUUAUAACUGUUGGAAUGGUAUUUCUUUCAUUAGGUCUUGCAAUUGCAAUAGUAGCUGCAAUUUUACCUCUUAUCGCUUAUGUAGCUGCAUUCUUCGCACUUAUUUCAUUUAUUUUUCUUGUUAUUGGUUUACCAAUAUUUGGUCGACAAGCGAAUGCUUUAUCGGCGGCACGAGGUGAUUAUACAUAUGGACAUCUUUAUGGAUUUUGGCUUAUAGUACCAACUAUUGUACUUGAAUUUCUUGCAAUGAUUUUCUUUCUAGCUGCUGCUGUCCUUUAUAAACUUUGUGGCUAUGGUAAUAUAUUAUCGGGUCUAGGUAAAAAAGUAGGAGGUGGUCAACAAGUGCUUGGACCAUAUAAUAAAGUAGGUAAAACGUAUGGGGUAGGUCCAGCAUAUGGAAUGGGAGUACCUGGUGCAGAUUGGCUAGCUGGAAUGGGAGCACCUGGGGCAAAUUUACCAUAUGGAAUGGGAGCACCUGGUUUAUAUCCAGGUUCGGCACCACCUUAUCAUCUAGCGCCGACUUUACUUUCCCAAUAUCUUAAUCAACAGGUACCGCGACCCGCUCCACAGCUCGUAGCACGACUUGUGACUGUGAGUUCACUUCCACAACCAUCUAUUGCUCGAGCUAUAGCACCAGCACCAAUGCCCAAUGUAUUACCAGAUUAUUAUCGAAUUGGUGAACCAGCCGGACCACCUUUUCGACCAAUUAUAAAUUUAACUGGACAAACACUUGUUGGUCCUCUUAUACGUACUCGUUAA